AUGCAGGGCUUCAACAUGGGGCGCUACGUCCCCCCGGACCUCGAAGGCACCACCUCCGGCAACAAGCUCAACAAGAAGCACCCGCUCGGCCACCGCGCCUCCAAGCUCGCCUCGCACGGCAUCCUCACCGUGCGCUUCGAGAUGCCCUUCCCCAUCUGGUGCGCGCACUGCCCCAAGCCCACCAUCAUCGGCCAGGGCGUGCGCUUCAACGCCGAGAAGAAGCGCGCGGGCAACUACUACACCACGCCCAUCUGGAGCUUUCGCUUCCGCCAUGCCGACUGCGGCGGGUGGAUCGAGAUGCGCACCGAUCCGAAGAACACGGCGUAUGUCGUUGUCGAGGGCGCGACGAAGCGCGACACGGGGGAGGAUAAGAUUCUGCCGGGGGAAGGGGGCGAGAAUGCCAUCAUGACGGAUGAGGAGAGGGAGGCGUUGAGGAAGAAUGCCUUUGCGAGCCUGGAGAAGACGAUUGCCGAUCGCGAGAGGCUGAAACUGGCGACGGAACGGAUCGACGACUUGACGGAUUUGUCAAACAAGUACUGGGACGAUCCGUAUACGCAGAAUCAGAAGCUGCGAAAAGCGUUUCGCGUGGGCAGGAAGGAGAGGGAGAGGGAUGCGGCUGCAACGGAGGAUCUGAAAGAUAGAUUGGGCCUGGGCAUAGAUUUGCUGCCGGAGAGAGAAGAGGAUGCGAAGAGGGCUGCGCUGGUGGAUUUUGGAUCAAGGGAAGAUGGAGAAAAGGACGGCGAUGGGGGUGUAAAGGCGUUAUCGAAACCUUUAUUUGCGACAUUGCCAACAGCCACGAAGACGACAAAUACAGAAUCAACAAAAACAACAAAAACAAAAACACAAAAACAGCCAUCUUCAUCCAUAAAAGACACAAGACUCAAGGCCGAAAAAGAAGCAUCCCGGAGGAAAGAGACGUUUGUCGCAGAGUUUAUAUCCAACACGCGAGCAGCACAGGACCCCUUUCUUGGAGGCGGCGGCGACAGAGCUACGAACAAAGUCUCUCUUGGCAUCAUCAAGAAGAGAAAGCGCGUGGAUGGCGAUGCCAGCGGCGACGACGCGACGCCUGUCAAAGAGCCGGGAGCUAAAGUGGCAGUAUCAGCGCCAGCGCCAACCUCUGCUGCAGGAUUGGUCGAGUAUGAUUCGGAUUAG